AUGUCACCCAGUCAAAACAGCCAUUUCAAGCUGCUUCAAAGGUUCAAGCCGGACUACUCGCCUAGCGAGUUUGUUCAGUAUGAAUCCGAGAGAACAGGCAUGAGGGUAGUGGUCAUUGACCAGAAAGGUCCCAAAGUUACAGGUUAUUUUGUUCUGGCCACCGAGAUCCUGGAUGACUCCGGCGCACCUCACACGCUGGAGCAUUUGUGCUUUAUGGGAUCGCGGAACUACAGAUACAAGGGAUUUCUUGACAAGCUUGCGACCCGCGUUUACUCCAGCACUAACGCCUGGACGGCCACAGACCACACAGCCUACACGCUGGAUACCGCAGGUUGGGAGGGAUUUGCCCAGAUUCUGCCUGUAUACCUAGAGCAUGUCAUUGCACCUACUCUGACCGAUGAGGGGUGCUACACCGAAGUGCAUCACAUUGACGCCACUGGAAACGAUGCUGGUGUUGUCUACUCCGAGAUGCAGGGUGUGCAGAACAAUUCUGCCGAAUUGAUCGAUCUGACUGCUCGUCGGUUGACUUACCCACAUGGGGUAGGUUUUCGCUACGAGACAGGUGGUAUGAUGGAGCAACUGCGUGUCCUCACGGCAGAACGGAUCCGGGCAUUCCACCGUGAAAUGUACCAGCCCAAGAACCUGUGUCUGAUCAUCACAGGCGAGGUGGAUCACGAGAAUAUGCUGGAGACAUUGGAUAAAUUCGAAGAUACUAUUCUAGAUGUCAUUCCCAGUCCCGAUUCGCCCUUUAAGCGACCAUGGGUAGAUUCAAAGCAGGCGCCGCCGCUGGAGAAGUCGAUUGUGCAGACUGUGGAGUUCCCAGAAGAAGAUGAAUCUUUUGGUGAGAUAGAGAUCAGAUUCCUUGGCCCGGACUGCUCCGAUCCCGUUCAGACCGGGGCUGUUAAUGUCGCUCUUUUGUACCUGGCUGGGUCAUCUGCUUCCCUGCUUGAUAAUAUACUUGUGGAGAAGGAGCAACUCGCCAGUGCCGUCUACUAUGCCACAGAAGAUCACCCUAGCAUCGAGAUUCGCUUCACUUUGACCAGUGUCGAGACCGAGAAACUUGCGAAGGUGGAGAAGCGAUUCUUUGAAGUGCUCAAGGAUGCGAUGGAGAAAGAGCUUGACAUGGGAUACCUCAAAGAGUGUAUCGAUAGGCAAAGACGGACAUGGAAGUUCUCUACAGAAAGUUCUGCAUCCUCCUUUGCGGAAUACGUUAUCUCGGACUUCCUUUUCGGCAAGCGGGACGGAUCGACUAUGCUCGAUGUUGCGUCCUUGAAAGAGUACGAUGUGCUGGAAAAGUGGAACGAGGGAGAAUGGCGCAGCUUCAUCAAGAGAUGGAUCUCUGACGCCCACCAUAUUACUAUCCUAGGAGUUCCAUCUCUGAAAAUGUCCGAGGCAGUCAAAAAGGAGGAAGAAGCUCGAGUCGCAGAGCAGAAAAAGCGACUGGGUGAGGAAGGCCUGAAGAAGUUGGCCGACAAGCUUGAAAAGGCAAAAGCUGCGAAUGACAAGGAGAUCCCCAAGGAGAUGUUGGAGAAAUUCGAGAUCCCCGGGAUUGAAUCCAUUCAUUUUGUGGAUACUACCACGGCGAGGUCCGGUGCUGCUCUGGACUUGGGACGCCCAGCCCACAAGGCACAGAAGCUAGUGGACGCUGAUGGCUCCGACCUGCCCUUGUUCAUUCACUUUGAGCAUAUUCCUAGCAGCUUCGUUCAGCUCUCUCUCCUCAUCUCUGCGCAAGCUGUGCCUGUAGAGCUCCGUCCCCUUCUGUCUGUGUAUACGGAGGCCUUUUUCAACCUGCCUGUUGACCGCGACGGAAAGACAAUCAAGUUUGAGCAAGUUGUUGUUGAGCUCGAGAGAGACACGGUUGGCUAUUCGAUGGAAGGGGCCAGGAGCGUGGGCAACUCAGAGAUGCUGCGUAUUUCAUUCCAAGUGGAACUGGAAAAAUAUAGCACGGCGAUUGCCUGGCUCCAGGAGCUUUCGUGGAACUCAGUCUUCGAUGUCGAGAGACUGCGAGCAAUCACCAGCCGACUGCUCUCCGACGUGCCCGACUCCAAGCGCAGUGGCGAUGACAUGCUCGCGGCUGUGCAUGUAAUGGUGCACUAUGCGGCGGAAUCUAUUGUCCGGGCUCGCAGUACGUUGGUGAAGGCACGCUAUCUGAAACGGAUCAAGAAGCAGCUGGCGGAGGAGCCAGACUCUGUUGUCGCGCGCAUGGAGGAGAUUAGAAAGGCGCUUUUCCGUUUCGAGAACAUGCGCGUUCUGGUCAUUGCUGACCUCGAAAAACUUCAAAACCCUGUCUCGGCAUGGAAGCCCUUCGCCGAACGCUUAGGCGCCAGCGCCCCUCUUCAACCCAUCACCGCCAGGAGACCGUUGCUUAGUGAGACCGGUCAGAAGUUGGGUGGCAAGGCCUACGUGGUGCCCAUGCCGACCAUUGAUUCAUCGUUUGCGUACGCCACGGCGCGCGGUCUUGAUUCGUACGAUGACCCGAGACUUCCGGCCUUGAUGGUUGCCAUCGCAUAUAUGAAUGCGGUUGAAGGACCUCUUUGGGUUGCGGUCCGUGGUAAGGGCCUGGCUUACGGCACUAACUUUGCCUACAACGUCGACACCGGAUUGAUCAACUUCGAUGUAUACCGCUCUCCUAAUGCCCACAAGGCAUUCGACUCGAGCAAGACGAUCGUUGAGCAACACCUGUCUGGCGCGAUCCCCUUCGAUCCUUUGAUGCUGGAGGGUUCUAUCAGCAGCAUUGUUGUCAGUUUUGCCAAUGAACAGUCGACAAUUGCCAGCGCGGCCUCAGGCAGCUUCAUUCGACAGGUGGUGCGGCGCCUGCCCAGCGACUACAAGGAGAGGGUGCUCAAGCAGGUGCGGGAUACUAGCAUCGACGACGUCAAGGGUGCACUGCAGCACAUCAUUCUACCUCUGUUCAACCCGGCUACAGCAAAUAUCGUUGUCACGUGCGCCACUGUGCUUGAAGAGACAAUCAAGGGAGGCCUCGAGGCAUCAGGCUUCACCCCGAAGGUCCAAGCGCUCAAGGAAUUCGAAGAUGACUAUGGACUCAAGGCCGGUGACGACGAGGAUGAAGAGUCUGAUGACGAUGACGACGAAUACGAAACUGGAUCCGAAGACGAGGAUGAGGACGACGAGGAUGACGACGAGGACGAUGAAGAUGAUGAGUGA